CUCCAUCAUGUGUGGUCUCCAUUCUCUACCACCCCCAAGCAAGAAAAGGAAACUUAACAAUGAUUCCAAGGUCCUGCAAUCGAUUCAGGAUACUGAGCACCAUCUUACCCGUGCAGUCACAAACAAUGGAACUCUGAAUCCAUUAGCCGACCUUCUGGAUCUCACUUGCUCACGGAAGGAUUCUCAGGAGGUUUCGAAGGGUAUAUAUGCGCUGUAUCGAGUCUUCGUGCUUGUGAUAGGUAACGGGAAGUUGUCGGUUUCUGGUGAUGAGAGCACAAAGACUGUCAAAGCCUGGCUUUGGGACCGAAUGAACAACUAUGUCAAUUUUCUCGUGGGAUUGCUGAAGGACGAGGAAAAAUCCUUGAGAGUAUCGGCUCUUCAAAUUCUCUUCUCUCUGCAAAAGCAUUUGUCCAGCGCGGCCACCAAGUAUUCGAGUACUUCAGUACCGCAAUUCCACAUCUCUCACUUCCGAAAAAUUGUUUCUGGACUUUUGUUAUGCCCUUCGUCUCCUCGCAAAUUCUCGCCGGCUUCAGACACGCACGUCGACGCCGACGUUCUACAGGUCUUUCAUGACACUUGGUUCAGCGUGCAUGACGAUAUUCGAUGGUUUUUUUUACGAGAAGCAGGGACACUGUUGACUACGACAUCGUCUAGAGAGCACCCACAGCUCCUCAUCAACCUUCUGCGAAUCCUCGAAGAUCUCACCACAUUCCCCACCGAAUCUUCGGAGCUGAAUGCUUGGUGGGUAACGGAACUUGGCGCUCAGCCACCAAAGCCAAAAGUCGCGAAGAGGCGAGAGGGUGAAGAUGACGGCGACGACGAACCACUCGGAGACGCGCCUGAGGGCGACUGGCGGAAGUUUUUCGACGAUGAUAAGACGGCAAAAGAUACCAGUAAGGCCAAAACGCCGGGCGUGCGUGUGCAUACGUUGACCAUACAUCAAUCUCUUCAUUCACUCCCUUCACAUCGUGCGGUCUUUACUAGGACCUGGCUAGAGCUUCUUUCUCGUUUGUCUGUUGCAAAUGAUACAACAGCAACAAAAGCCGUCGCGACCCGUGUAUUGAAUAUCAUGCAUCGGGGUAUCAUGCCCCAUUUGACGAGACCUGUGCUAGUGAUGGACUGGAUUGGUGCAUGCGUAGACUAUGGUCGUACCGUGGGCCUGUUGGCGUUGAAUGCAUUGUUCGUAUUGAUCAAGGAGUAUAACCUUGACUACCCUUCCUUUUAUACACGUCUCUACGCGUUCCUAGACCGCAAUCUUCUCCAUCUCAAAUAUCGCGCUCGUUUUUUCCGAAUGACAGAAUUGUUCCUUAGUUCUACACAUCUUCCUGCGACACUCCUAGCAUCGUUUAUCAAACGUCUGGCACGCCUGUCUCUUUUUGCACCUCCUGCUGGAGUCAUCAUUCUAAUACCCUUCACUUAUAACAUCCUCAAGCGUCAUCCUGCGUUGAUGGUCAUGAUUAACCGGACAGAUAUGGAUGGGUCGGAAGAUCCUUUUUUGCCUGCGGAGCCAAAUCCAUUGAGCACAAAUGCCCUCUCCAGUUCUCUCUGGGAACUCCAAUCACACCAAUCACAUUACCACUCUGGCGUCUCGACUCUGGUGAAGGUCUUCUCCGAGGUAUUUACCAAGCCUGGCUUUUCCAUGGAAGAUUUCCUAGACCACACAUACGGAACACUCUACGAUGCAGAGGCGAAUCGGAAAAUCAAAAAGGAGCCGGCGCUUGGAGUGUCUUUGGAAUUGGGAGACCAAAAGAAGACUGCGGCGAAGGUCUUUGGUACUAGCGAAGCGGAUGAUGUUGAGGAAGAUGUGAUAAAUAGUUUCUGGACAUUUGGAGUGUAGUAUGAUAGAUGGAGCAAUGGUGUCAACUAGUUCAUUUUCCGAACUCUUAAGAUAAUUCGAU